AUGAGACGCUUCUCUCUCUCUCCCGUCCGUGGCAUGGCGAGCACCUCUCGAGCAGCCACUGAUGAGGCUAUCGCCAGGCUCAAAAGCGUCCUCAAGAACGGCCCAUACGAGAUGGACGUGUACAGACUACGUACCCAAGGCAAAAGGGAUAUCGAGCAAGGCGAAGCAAAGAUCCAGGAAAGUGAAAAGAUAUUGAACGAAGCGGCGGACACUUCAUGUGACACAAAACUUGAAGAAGCUGAGAAGGUUCGUCAAGAAGGAGUGAAAAUGAUCGAUGAAGGUAACAAAAAAAUAACUAAAGCGACCGAGUAUGACGACCUCAUCAAGAAGGCGAGACAUUACGCAAGCACGGGGGAAUUAAUCUAA